GCCCAGACCCGUCCAUACCUUGAUCUUAUUAUCUAUCUAUCUAUACCUCAAUGGCCAAAGCAAACGGAAACACCCUCGGUCGAUCAUCAGGGUCCCUCAAUGCCCCAAUAGCCGCCUUCACCAUGGCCCUCAUCCUCGGGUCCUAUUGCAUCAGUUCCAUCCGCACUGCCCGUCGCGAGGCCCAGUCUGCGCCGACUGUCGGCACUACUUCCACCGCUACCACCGCGGCCCGUGCGAAGACCGAUUCGCAGAACGCGUGGGUGCAGCAGGCGUUGGAGGAGAGUCAGAGCCAGAGUCAGAAUCAGGGGGCGAAGAAGAAUUAAGUUCAGUAUGUAGUAUUAUGGU